AUGAACGGUUGUUGGUGCGUUUGUUUCUUGGGCUCCAGCAGCCAGGGACGCAGACCAGCAGCCAGGGACGCAGACCAGCAGCCAGGGACGCAGACCAGCAGCCAGGGACGCAGACCAGCAGCCAGGGACGCAGACCAGCAGCCAGGGACGCAGACCAGCAGCCAGGGACGCAGACCAGCAGCCAGGGACGCAGACCAGCAGCCAGGGACGCAGACCAGCAGCCACAGGGACGCAGACCAGCAGCCAGGGACGCAGACCAGCAGCCACAGGGACGCAGACCAGCAGCCAGGGACGCAGACCAGCAGCCAGGGACGCAGACCAGCAGCCACAGGGACGCAGACCAGCAACCACAGGGACGCAGACCAGCAGCCAGGGACCAUACUCUGCAGACCAGCAGCCAGGGACGCAGACCAGCAGCCACAGGGACGCAGACCAGCAGCCAGGGACGCAGACCAGCAGCCACAGGGACGCAGACCAGCAGCCAGGGACCAUACUCUCCAGACCAGCAGCCAGGGACCAUACUCUCCAGACCAGCAGCCAGGGACCAUACUCUGCAGACCAGCAGCCAGGGACGCAGACCAGCAGCCACAGGGACGCAGACCAGCAGCCAGGGACGCAGACCAGCAGCCACAGGGACGCAGACCAGCAGCCAGGGACCAUACUCUCCAGACCAGCAGCCAGGGACCAUACUCUCCAGACCAGCAGCCAGGGACCAUACUCUCCAGACCAGCAGCCAGGGACCAUACUCUCCAGACCAGCAGCCAGGGACGCAGACCAGCAGCCACAGGGACGCAGCCCAGCAGCCAGGGACGCAGACCAGCAGCCAGGGACCAUACUCUCCAGACCAGCAGCCAGGGACCAUACUCUCCAGACCAGCAGCCAGGGACCAUACUCUCCAGACCAGCAGCCAGGGACGCAGACCAGCAGCCAGGACGCAGACCAGCAGCCACAGGGACGCAGCCCAGCAGCCAGGGACGCAGACUAGCAGCCAGGGAGGCAGACCAGCAGCCAGGGAAGCAGACCAGCAACCAGGGAGGCAGACCAGCAGCCAGGGAGACAGACCAGCAGCCAGGGACGCAGACCAGCAGCCAGGGACGCAGACCAGCAGCCACAGGGACGCAGACCAGCAGCCAGGGACGCAGACCAGCAGCCGGGGACGCAGACCAGCAGCCAGGGACGCAGACCAGCAGCCAGAGAGGCAGACAAGCAGCCACAGGGACGCAGACCAGCAGCCACAGGGACGCAGACCAGCAGCCACAGGGACGCAGACCAGCUGCUCUACAGACCUCUCCCACCAUGCCCGGUACACGUCUUAAGACAGGUGGGGUGUGUGAGACAGUCACAGCGUCGUGUGCUCCAACAAAUCAGACAGACUAA